UGGCAACACUUAAGCGCGUCAGAGAAACUACUUGUACGGUGUGUACUGUAUGCUUUGCUUCAGAAUAUGUUUUAAAUAAAUUUAUUAGAAAAGCUUUACUUAAACAUUUGGAUUAAAUAAUAAAAGAUUUGAUAUUAAAUAUUUAUGAAAUAUGUCGCUGAAUAUAAAAAAACCAACAGCUUUGGCUUCUUUAACGGCAACAUACACUGAUUCAGAAGGUGAACCAGAUUCAGAGGAGGAAAUCUCUCCAGAAGUUUCUAAUUACAUAGUUCCUGUAAAAGAAAUAGCACCUAUUCCUAUAAUCCCAGCACCAGAAGUGAAUGACAACAUAGCAAGAAAACAGAUAUCAAAACUGAUUUCCUAUUCAGAAGGAACUAUAGAUGACGCCGAUGAAAAAGAAGACUCUGAUUUUGAAGAAAGAGCAAAUAGUGAUGAUUCUAUGGAAGAUGAUGAAAAGUUAAAUGAUUUGGAUACAUGGCAAUAUUCUCCAACUUCUUUUCAUAAAAGCCUUCUUUCUUUAAAACCUGAAGAAGUACAAUUACCUCCUGCACCUAGAGGAAGGUGUUCAAAUUCACUUCAGGUAUAAUGAUGAUAUUUUUAUUAU